UGCAAACAUGCAGGAACCAUGUGACUGCCUGCUAGGAUUCAGAUGAGGUCCAGGGGUGUGAAGACUUUUGCAAGGCGCCGGUCAUCAUGCAGUUUGUCUUCACUCUGUUCAAUGAAAUACGACGGCGCUGAUGGAGGCAGACAGCUGACAGAAGGCGGACCGGAGGCGAAACCCCUGGGCUCCACGCGCGUUCUGCAGCGGAGCCAGCCGAGCGUCAACAUGGACAACAUGGAGAACCUGUUCAACCCCAGCCUGGCAGCGGCGCUGAAGAAACUGGACCCGGAAGAUGGAGAGCAGAUCAUGGAGUACUUUAAAACCCACGCGCUGCUGAGCAGAGAGAAAGCCUUGCUGCAGGCGUCCGUCAGAGAGCAGAAGAAGCUGCUGGUUGAAAACGCCAAACUGAAAAAGGACAUCGACCAGCUGAGGGGUCAGCUGCAGGACAAGCAGAAGAGACGCACCGCCAAAGCGUUGUUCUCUCAGGCUCCGCCCCCUCACCGUGUAAGCCCCGCCCACUGCACCCCUGACCCCACCUCGCCCUCCGCACCAGCAGCUGCUGUUCCUUCAUGCUGUCCUCCUCCCUCCGUUUCCUCCGGUGAGAGCAGAGACCGAGCAGGCAGGAGGAGGAGAGCAGAGAGGAAAGCUCGUCCGGUCUCAGACCCGCUCUCUUUGGGGGCGGAGUCUCGCAUCGAUGCGUCACGUCUGGAUCUGCGUGUUGGAAGAAUCCUGAGCGUCCGGCGCCACCCGCUGGCGGAGGCCAUGAGUGUUCAGGACGUGGAUGUGGGAGAAAACUCUCCGCGGACCGUCGUUAGCAAACUGGGAGGGUUACAAGAUCUGGACCAGGCCAUGCAGUUUCAGCAAGACAGGAAGAAAGCAGAUCCUUCCUGCACAACUCCAAAGAAGACUCCUUGA